ACAGCAACAAUAGCAGCAGAGCGAUUAUAUGGAUCUGAGCAGUUCUGAAGCCGGACCGACCCUAAACGUUAACCUGAAGCUAGAGUAAAUGCCACAGUGACAGCUCUCUGUAGUCUGUCAGGAUCAGCCCUUAGCAGAGCAUCUCUCCGGAGCCGAACACACUGCUGUCAGCUGUCAACAACAACAAUAACAAGCCAUGGCGAUAAAUAAAGCUAAAGUGGCGGUGGGCUUCAUAGUGUCCGGGGUCCUCAUGGUGUUCUUCGGGUUGGUUUUAACUUUUGUGGGGCCGAUAAUCAUCGACGACCAGGUGGUGAAGAACACGGUGAUCGACCCGAAGAACAGCAUGUCGUACACCAUGUGGAAGGACGUCCCGGUGCCCUUCUUCAUGUCUGUCUACUUCUUCAACGUCCUGAACCCUCAGGAGGUCCUGCGAGGGGAGAAGCCCAUGGUGGAGCAGAAAGGGCCCUUUGUGUACAGGAAACGGAUCCAGAAAGACAACAUCACGUUUCAUGACAACGGAACAGUCUCUUACAGAGAGUACAGGCGGUAUUACUUUGAGCCGACCAUGUCCUCUGGGACCGAGGCCGACGUCGUCACGAUACCAAACAUGUUGGUGCUGGGUGCAGCAGUGAUGAUGGAGAAGCUCCCGUACGCCGUGCGGUUGAUGAUCAGCGCCUCCUUCAAGACAUUCAAAGAGGGACCCUUCCUCAGCAAGACGGUGGGGGAGCUGAUGUGGGGCUACGACAGCGGCCUGGUGGACUUCCUCAAUAAGUGGCUGCCCGGCAUGCUGCCCUCAACGGGGAAGUUCGGCCUCUUUGCUGAAUUCAACAACUCCAACACCGGCCUGUUCACCAUCUUCACCGGGAAAGACGACAUCAGGAAGAUCCACAAAGUCGACUCCUGGAACGGACUGACGGAGCUGAACUACUGGAAGACCCCUCAGUGCAACAUGAUCAAUGGAACAGCUGGACAGAUGUGGCCUCCAUUCAUGACCAGAGAGAGCACCUUGCCUUUCUACAGCCCCGACGCCUGCAGAUCCAUGGAGCUCGUGUACCAGCGUGACGGCAAGCUGCAGGGAAUCCCUCUCUACAGAUACGUCGCUCCGAAGACACUGUUUGCUAACGGGACGGAUUACACUCCGAACCAAGGAUUCUGUCCCUGCAGACAAUCCGGCCUGCUGAACGUCAGCAGCUGCAGACACAACUCUCCAGUGUUCAUCUCUCACCCUCACUUCUUCAACGCUGAUCCUGUGCUGCUGGACUUUGUGCAGGGACUCAAUCCAACGGAGGAAAAGCACGGCCUCUUCAUAGACAUCCAUCCAAUGACGGGCGUUCCUCUGAACGUAUCCAUCCGCCUGCAGCUCAACCUCUACAUGAAGACGGUGUCAGGAAUCACAGAAACUGGCAAGAUCUCCGAGGUGGUGAUGCCCAUGAUCUGGUUUGAGGAGAGUGGAUAUAUAGACGGUCCGAUCCUCAAAACGUUCCACACCAACCUGGUGAUCCUUCCGGCGGUGAUGGAGUUCAUGCAGUACGGCUUCAUCGCGCUGGGCGUCGCCACCAUCAUCAUCGCCUCGCUGAUGCACCACAAGUUCAAGAGGGCUUGGACAAAUGUGAAAAUGACAUCCACAGGAGUGGACAACCCCGGGGCGUCCUUUAAUGAGUGGGCUAAAGGAGGCGAAGAAAAAAAGGACAAAUGUGACAUAAAUAAUUCAGAUAAAUGAAUGUAAAGAUGGCUGCACAUCAGAGGAAAACACAAGCACUGGAGAGAAAGACCCUCUACUACAAGACCACGACUGACACACACACACACACACACACACACACACACACACACACACACACACACACACACACACAAACACACUCCCAGUAUUUUGAAACCCUUGGUGCUCGUCUCGUUAUAUUUCAAUGACAUAUUUUUUACUUUUCUGUGAAGUUUAUGACUCUCGCACUUUCACUCCGAUAAACGUCUUUGGGGGUCGAGGCUUUCUGAGUUUUUACGGCCAAAAGAAAGUGAAGAUGUCGCCACUUUAAAACCACUUAUUACUCUAAGAACUUUCACAAAGAACCAACAACACUAUUUCCAGUGUCCUCAAUUUCCUCCGCUCGGUGUUCGAUGAUCUGAAACACUUCUACUGAGAUUCAAAGAGGUGUUUCUGCGUCGACGACCAGGGAACGAUCGUGCGGCGAAGCUGUGGAUUUCUACUACCACUGUGCCUUCAUGGAGGGGGAAGCACUGCUCUGCAUCUCCGGUGCAUCGCGGACCUCAGAGUUUAUGGAAAAUGCAGAACGCAACACUCCUCUGUGGACCAGGGAGUCGAGCAGAGCGCACGCAUUCCUGUUUGUUUACUACUGUCUUCUGUAAAGGUGUGAAUGCUUUGUCUUGACGUGAAUUAUGUGUAAAAUAUGAAGUGAAUGAGUGAAGAGAAACCUGGAGGUAAUAAAUGUGCCUUUUGUUUGAAA